AAAGGUGGCUGAAAUAAAAAAUAAGUACAACAAAAAAUUAAAUAAUACAAUGUUUAAAUCUAACAUCUGUGAGAAAAAUAAUGUUUUAUUGUUACCUGAACAAUUUGAAAAUUCUUGUCGAUUAUGUCUCAACAAAAAUGCUUUAAUAGAUAUAUUUCAAACUAAAUAUCAAGAAAUUACUUUUGCUGAUAUUUUUGCAAAGUUUUCCAUAUUGGAGAUUAAUCCCACAGAUUAUUUGCCGAAAAAGAUAUGUACUGUCUGUGAAAACUUAGUAAUUAAAUUUUAUAAAUUCAGCGAAAAAGUGAAAGACACACAAGUAAUUUUGUGUAAUUCUCUCAUACAAAUUCAAGAACAAGAAGAACAAGAUAAUGAAAAUACGGAAACUGUAGAAAAUGAUAAGUUUGGUUAUAUUUCCGAUGAUGCUGCUAAUGAACAAUGUAGUCAUGUUCUGCUUAAGACUAUGGAAAAAAUGAUAACAUGCUCAUUUUGUAACAGUCAAUUUGAAACAUAUUCUGCAUAUAUUGCACAUAGAAAACGAGAAGCUGACUCAAGAAGAAAAAAACAACAUUGCAGUGUGUGUAAAAAACUUAUUAACGCAUAUAAACUUAAAGAUCAUAUGAACUCACAUACAAAAGAAAAACCUCAUCAAUGUCAGACUUGUGGUGAAAAAUUUAGGUUCUUAUCUAGUCUGUCUAGGCAUAAAUUCAGACAUAGGGACAAAAAGCCCCAUGUAUGUCACAUUUGUGGCAAAGGUUUUAUUCAAGCUCCAUCCCUAACUGACCAUAUUAGAACACAUAGUGGAGAAAAAUCCUGUAUGUGUAAUAUUUGUGGAAUAACUUUUAUUACAAAGCAUGCUCUAGGUAAUCAUAUAAAUAUGCACAAAGUCAAAGAUAGUAAUGAUUUAAGCCAAUUAACUUGUCAAAAAUGCAAUAGAUCUUUUUUAUCUAAGUACUUGCUUAAACAACACUUGCAGACACACUAUGAAAAAGAGUUUUUAUGCAGUCAGUGUGGGAAAAAAUUUGCCACAAAGGCUUUGUUAGAUUCACAUGUGAAGGUACAUUCUGAAGUUAAACCAUAUAUUUGUGACAUUUGCAAUAAAGCUUUUUGUCACAAAAAUAGUCUUCUAAAACAUAAAAGGACUCAUUCUGGAGAAAAACCUGCCAUCUGUAUUGUAUGUGGUAAAAAAUUUUCUCAAAAAAGUCAUUUGACAUAUCAUAUGAGAAAGCAUAGUGGUGAAAGGCCUUAUAGUUGUAACUUUUGUGAAAAAACAUUUGAUCACUCUGGAUCUCUUAAAAUUCAUACCCGGAUACAUACUGGAGAGAAGCCAUAUAAAUGUGAUGUUUGUUCGAAAUCAUUUUAUGAUUGUAGUAGUAUGAAAAAACACAAAAAACAACAUAGUAGAGAAUAUCAACAUUUCUUAGUAGUUUAAAAUAUCAUGGAAUCAAUAUUUUUAUUUAUUAUUAUUAUAAGUUUACUUAUAAUAAACUAAAAAUUAAAUCUA